GACCGGACGUUUCUUACGUCCUUUUUCGGAGGGUAAUUCGUUUUCCUUGUUUCGAAUAGGCUUGUUUUGUCUUGUUUAGAGGAAAUGCGAUAUAUGUACUUGGCAUGACUCUUUUCUUUUUGAACGUGUUGAUUGCCUACUUAUCUCUUCAUCAUCGUCGACUUCUUUGCAACUCCGCCGACUACCACUUCAGUUCACGACAAUUAGGCAUUCGAGAUUUACAUGGUUCAUAACUAGGGACAUCGAGUUGUUAUUGUUCUAUGAGUGUCAGCUACGAGCCGAAACCAGACGAAUGACAACUUUGAGAGACCGAAUUAGAAGAACGAAAGCUUAGAGUGAUUGGGUUUCCUGGAUUGGACGACUACGAACGAACGACAGAUCGAAACCAUCGCCAUGUUCUUCAAAAAGCGCGACAAGGGCGCCGUCCCCGCCACGACGCCAACGAGCGAACCACCGGCCUCAUCACGGACGAGUAAGAUUCACGAUGAAGAGGAACAGCAACCCGCUCAGCAUGCUCUCACGCAUACCUCGACGACGCGAUCGAUCCAGUAUCCAAAGGGCGUGAAGCUCUUCCUAAUUAUGCUUUCCAUCUUGGUGUCCAUGUUCCUCGUCGCAUUGGACCGCCUCAUUAUCGCAACAGCAAUCCCCCAAAUCACAGACGACUUCCACUCCGUCACUGACAUAGGCUGGUACGGCAGCGCCUACCUCCUGACAACCUGCGCCUUCCAGCUCCUCUUCGGCAAGCUCUACGCCUUCUUCCCAAUCAAGCGCGUCUUCCUCUGCUCCGUCGUCCUCUUCGAAGUCGGCUCCGCCGUCUGCGGUGCGGCCCCGGAUAGCCCCGCCUUCAUCGUCGGCCGCGCCAUCGCGGGCAUCGGCGGUGCGGGUAUCUUUGCGGGUACCAUCGUCGUCAUGGUCCACUCCGUCCCGCUGCACCGGCGGCCAAAGUACCAGGGCGCCUUCGGGGCCGUGUUUGGUAUUGCGUCCGUCAUCGGGCCGCUGCUUGGCGGUGCGUUUACGACAAAGGUUACCUGGCGGUGGUGCUUCUACAUCAACCUGCCGCUCGGGGGCGUCGCGCUGGUGGUGAUUGCGUUUGUGAUGAGGCCGCCGGAGCAGAAUCUUACCGAGUCUUCCUUGUGGGACAAGUUGAAGCAGUUGGACUUUGCCGGGACGUCGGUGUUUAUUCCUGGCGUUGUUUGCUUGCUUCUUGCGUUGCAAUGGGGUGGUGUUGAGUAUGCUUGGAGCAACGGCCGAAUCAUUGCUCUCCUGGUCCUCGCCGUCGUCCUUCUCCUAUCCUUCAUCGCCAUUCAGAUCCUCCUCCCCAACACCGCAACCGUCCCACCUCGCAUCAUCCGCCAACGCUCCAUCGCCUUCGCCGCCUGGGCUGCCUUCUCCCUCGGCGGACAGAUGAUGCUGAUGGCGUACUACCUCCCCAUCUGGCUCCAGGCCAUCAAGGGCUUCACGGCCGUCGAGUCCGGCGUCCGCACCCUCCCCAUGGUUCUCUCCAUGACCGUCUUCGCGGCCGUAUCAGGAGGCGUCAUUACCAAGAUUGGGUACUACACGCCCGUGAUGCUCGUCGGUAUCUGCAUCAUGUCCGUCGGCGCGGGCUUGAUGACGACGCUUGAGGUGGAUACGAGCACGGCGAAGUGGGCGGCGUAUCAGGUCAUCUACGGUAUCGGGCAGGGUAUGACGUUCCAAGCACCAAAUCUUGCUGCGCAGACGGUGCUGAAGCUGAAAGACGUGCCUGUGGGCGCGAGUAUCAUGUUCUUCUCGCAAACGCUCGGCGGCGCUGUGUUCAUCUCCGUUGGGCAGACGGUGCUGAACAACGAGCUUGUGAAGAGGAUUAAGGGGUUGCCUGGGCUCGAAGGGAUCAACCUGCAGACUACUGGCGCGACAUCACUGACAGAUCUGCCGGAUAAUGUGAAGGGACCCGUGCUGGAGGCUUACAACGGAGCGCUGAAGGUUGUGUUUGUGGUCGCGCUGGUGAUGGUUUGCUCCGUGUUCAUCGGUGCUGGUGGUAUGGAGUGGAAGAGCGUGAAGAAGGAGCAGCAGGCGAAGCAGAAGGCCAAGGAGGAUGCCGAGGCGGCUGAGGCUGCGGCUGCUGUUGGCGGGGUUUCUGGCGUCGUGGCGGCUACGGUUGCUGUUGAGGCACAAAGGGAGAAGGAGAAGGAUUUUGAUGAGGGCAGCGAACGGGAUGUCGAGGAUGUCGAGAAAUCCAGGGGCCGGAGUCUGAGCCGUGGUGAUGAUGGUGCGGCCUUGAGGCAAGAGGAUGAGGUCACGACCGUUGGAUCCGACACAGAGGGAACGAAAUACAUUUAGGUGGACGGAUGGAAGGGAUGUUACCUGGGUAAUUUAGGCACGGGAAGAACUCUUUGUAUGAUAGCAUGAUACCCCUCUCGAUGUAAGGAAAUUCAAUGUAAUGUACUGGAUUCAUCUGAAAUCAAGAAAUAGUUGAGGAGGCAAAUCUAGGUAUUAAAGCCAGUUUUUCAGAACAAAUAACAG